AUGACGUCAAUGCAGUCUGCCGCUGUUUUGUUCCUGGAUCAGGAUCUCGCCAACGCCUUGAGUCACUCAAGGCGUUGGCGAGCGUGUUGGGAAUGGGACGGCCGGCGGUUAGUUCCCGCAAAUAACACAAUCAUUGGAGUUUGCCAACUUGCUGGUUCUAGUGUUGUUAUGCCUCUCAAGUAUGAUCAGCACUAUAGAAAAAGUUGGGAGUCGUUACCUGCGUUUAAGGGCUGGUUACGUCCUGUGGAAAACGAAAGCACAAAAGCACCCUGUGCCUACUGUAGGAGCGAAUUUUAUGCGAAGCUUUCUGAUAUCAAGAAGCAUGCCGCCACCACCAAACACAAGAAGUCAUCAGAACCGUACUGCAGUUCUCAACAGAAGAAGCUGCAGUUUCCAGCCGCGACCGAGUCUUCUUGUGGCAAAAGUGAAGCCGGCCUUUGCUUGUUCAUUUGUGAGCACACAGCAUUCCUCGCCGCUGACCACCUGACAGAACUUUGCAAAAAAGAGUUCAUGGACAGCAAAAGCGCAGCAGGCUUGCGCAUGCAUCGAAACGAGUGCACGGAAAUAAUUGUGAACCUGUUAUCUCCGCACUUCGUGCAGCUCUUGGUGGCUGACAUUGGGGACUCAAAAUACAGCCUGAUCAUCGACGAAGCAACAGAUGUUUCGACUACCAAGUUGCUGGGUGUGGUGGUGCGGUACUUCAGUGCUGCACAGAAGAGCAUCGUGACUACAUUCCUGGCGCUAAUCGAACUGGACGAUGGCACGGCUGUGACGAUCGUCAAGGCGUUGAAAAGCCUCCUCACGCGCAUGGGACUUGACACGAAGCGUCUCCUCGGAAUAGGAGUUGACAACGCUUCGGUGAACACGGGCGUAAACAACGGUGUUUUCGAGAUAAUGAAGCGUGAGUGGAACCUCCCGAACUUGAUAAUGAUAAGAUGCAUGUGCCAUUCAUUGCAACUGGCACUUUCCCACGCUGUUCAAGGAACACUUCCGAGGAAAGUGGACUUCUUAGUGCGCGAAACGCACACGUGGUUUUGUCAUUCAUCCAAGCGCAAGGCCGCAUACAGUAAGCUUUACAAGAGCCUCUGCGAUGGAGACGACCCCCUAACAAUACCAAGGGUGUGCGAUACAAGAUGGAUUUCCUUGGAGCCGGCGGUCGCCAGAGUCCUGGAUCAAUGGGAUCCAUUACUCAAACAUUUUGAGCAAGCCAGAUCGAUGGAAGGAUGUUAUACCGCAGAGCUCCUGUUUCAGAUGUUCUCUGAUCCGCUGAACAAGCUUUACCUCCUGUACCUUCGGCCAAUUCUACGAGAGGUGCAGCGUGCCAACAAGGCAUACGAGAGGAACGACGCGGAUCCCUCCAGGCUUCUUGAAGGUCUCACGCUCCUGAUAAAGACGGUAUGUAGCAAAGUGCUCAUACCAACAACGAACAUAGAUCCACUGUGCCAACCCAUCGAUGGUCACCUAGAUCCCAAGCCGUACUUGGGAUACGAGUUUGAGAAGCUAUAG